UCAAAAAUUUUAGUAUAAAAUAUUAUAGAAAAAUAUGCUAAAAAAUAUAUAAAAAGUUAAUUCAUAAUAAAAAUAUAUUGAUUUUUCUGUAUUUAUUAGAAUAUUUAUUUUAUUUUUUAUUUUGUGGCUUUUUUUGGUGAAAAAUAUUAAAUACUGAGGUUAAAUGACAAUGGUUGUAAAAAUUCGAUUGCAGAGAUUUGGAAUUAAGAAAUAUCCAUUUUAUCAUAUUGUUGUUUGUAAUGCAAGAACAGCAAGACAAUCUAAACCAAUAGAAAAAUUAGGAACCUAUGAUCCUAUACCUCGAGAAGAUGGUACUAAAAAUAUGGAAAUUAAUUUUUUAAGAACAAAAUAUUGGCUAGGAGUUGGUGCGCAACCUACUGAUGUCGUUUAUAAACUGCUUGAAAAGGUUUGAUUUAUAAUUAGAUUCUCUUUUUUUUAUAAAAAAAUCAGAUUUCAUUACUACCACCUAAACCCCGUUUUAAAGAUAAAG